GCCCCGACCUUCAGAGAUAGCCGGUAAUGAGUCUUGCACUUUCCUGCGUUCUGGCGCUCAGCUUUUUCUCGGCUCACACCUCAGCUUCCUGGCCUUGGAAGAAGGCUCCAUACUCUUCUUGUCCCAGCUUCUCACCUCGAUCCCUCGACUCCUGAGGGUUGAAAGGCGGGGACCGGAAGUGUGCGCUGCAGUGACGGGUCCCCCGCGAGCCGUCGCCGGAAGAAGCUGCUGCUAGUGGAGGGUUCCGUCGGUUUGGUCAUGGCGGCGAUUCCCCCCGACUCCUGGCAGCCGCCCAACGUUUUCUUGGAGACCAGCAUGGGAAUCAUUGUGCUGGAGCUGUACUGGAAGCAUGCGCCAAAGACCUGUAAGAACUUCGCUGAGUUGGCCCGGCGCGGUUAUUACAAUGGCACCAAAUUCCACAGAAUCAUCAAGGACUUCAUGAUCCAGGGAGGUGACCCGACAGGGACAGGUCGCGGUGGUGCAUCCAUCUAUGGCAAACAGUUUGAAGAUGAGCUUCACCCAGACCUCAAGUUCACUGGGGCUGGAAUCCUCGCCAUGGCCAACGCAGGGCCGGACACCAAUGGCAGCCAGUUCUUCCUGACGCUCGCCCCCACCCAGUGGCUGGAUGGCAAGCACACCAUCUUCGGGCGCGUGUGCCAGGGGAUCGGCAUGGUGAACCGCGUGGGGAUGGUGGAGACCAACUCCCAGGACCGCCCGGUGGACGAUGUGAAGAUCGUCAAGGCCUACCCGUCCGGGUAGACCUCUGCUGCCCGCGUCCAGAUGAGCCCGAGUGACAGGCUCUGAACGUCCUCUGGCUCUGCACAGGUCGGGGUCCGGGUGAGCCGGAGUCGGGAGCUCGUGUCACUCGGAUGUGUCUUUCUCUCCCAGCCUUGGUGCUGCUCACCUCGCUGCCCCUCCCUGUGCUUCCCAUGUGUCUGCUCCAACGCCCUCAGAUGAAGGACAAGGCCCAGCUGUUCACAGAUUUCUAUUCUGGCCCACGCUCUGCGCUCUGGUGGUGACCACCCUGGAAUUCCAAGCAAGCGGUGCCCUCGGCCUCCACCCUGGUGUCCGUGGGAUAUGCACACGUCUGGCUAUAUUUUUCCUCCAAAGCAGAACAUCAACACUGCCGCUCUGACCCUUAAACAUCCCACGUUGAAUUUUUGCCAAAUGAAAAGUGCAUCCAACAAUCUAGUUUCUAAGAAGAUGUCAAGUGGGGAAUGAUAAUGUGUGAUGACUGAGUGCGGAAUUUAUCAGAAGGAAGCAGAAGCACUGUCCAUUUCCUCCCCAGGAAGGAGCAGAAAUCUCAGGGACUCAAGGACAGACUGCCUUCUUCAAAAGCAGCACCAGAAAAGGAGGCACUGUGCAGUUCUUUUCAUUAAGACUUUUGAGAAAUUAGAUAAGAGGUUUUUGUACUUUUUUUUUUUUAAUCAUGAUGGGGAGGGACGUUAAUACCUAUGUAAUACAUAGAUUCAUCCAAAAUAAAAGCCGCCUUGAUGGCUGUGGUGUGAUUUUAA